GUGGACUAGCCGUGUUUGUUCUCACAGCUCAAUGGCGGGGCGCGGGCAGACGUAAUGCGGGCGCGAGAAAAAAUUGGGAUGGCAGCCCAAGCAAUCCGACAGCUCUCAGUCCACACCGCGCCCAAGUUUGCUAUAAAACCCAGACGCGCCCUAGUAUCUGGUAUCCACAGCCGCCAAUCUCGUUCUAAUUUGAGUCCUUACCACAAAGCCUUCCACACUUCCGCAAACUUCAAGAUGUCUGAAAUCGUGCACCCCACUAUCAAGGAUGGCUGGUUCCGUGAGAUCUCCGACAUGUGGCCCGGCCAGGCCAUGACCCUCAAGGUCAAGGAGGUGCUCCACCACGAGAAGAGCAAGUACCAGGAUGUCCUCAUCUUCGAAUCGACCGACUACGGCACCGUCCUGGUCCUUGACAAUGUCAUCCAGUGCACCGAGCGCGACGAGUUCUCGUACCAGGAAAUGAUCACCCACCUUGCCAUGAACUCGCACCCCAACCCCAAGCGCGUUCUCGUCAUUGGUGGUGGAGACGGCGGUGUCCUUCGCGAGGUUGUCAAGCACGACUGCGUUGAGAAGGCUGUGCUUUGCGACAUCGACGAGGCCGUCAUCCGCCUUUCCAAGAAGUACCUCCCUGGCAUGUCUGUUGGUUUCGAGCACCCCAAGGUUGAGGCCAUCGUCGGCGAUGGCUUCAAGUACCUUGAGGACAAGAAGGGCGAGUUUGACGUCAUCAUCACCGACUCCAGCGACCCCGAAGGUCCUGCCGAGGCCCUCUUCCAGAAGCCGUACUUUGAGCUGCUCAAUGGCGCACUUCGGGAAGGUGGUGUCAUCACCACUCAAGCCGAGAACCAGUGGCUCCACAUGCCUCUCAUCGUCAACCUCAAGAAGGGCUGCAAGGAGGUCUUCCCCAACGUCGAGUACGGCUACACCACCAUCCCCACCUACCCGUCUGGCCAGAUCGGCUUCAUGGUCUGCUCCAAGGACGCCAGCCUCAACCUCAAGAAGCCGCUCCGCAGCUGGUCUACCGAGGAGGAGGAGAAGCUCUGCAAGUACUACAGCAAAGAGAUCCACGAGGCAGCAUUCGUCCUGCCCACCUUCGCUCGCAAGGCCCUCCGGUAGGACGCCCACGCGCUUCCUGUCUCGCGAUUCUCUCUUCACAACUUCACAAAAUAGAUACCAGGAACUUCACGGGCAUACGAUUCAAAAGUAAACGAAUUAUAGGAGAGCUGGCUCCUGGCAGUCAUUACCGCGUCUCCGUAGCGGCCGAAGUUAUUACGAUGCUUCAUGUAUUCAACGAAUCAAAAACGUGUACCUCUCUGAUCCUUUCAGCUCCUUGAAUGACAUGUUUUCCUUAUCUCUUCACCCAUGCAGAAUCGCAGUGCGAUGGCUUUGGCGGAACUUCCG